AUGAACAUCUUCAGGGUUGCCCUCUUCUUCUGGGUAGUGGCAGCAUGGGCUAAAGGAGAUAAGCCCCUGGGAGAGACAGAUAUGGCUGGAUUUCAGAAAUGCAAGAACGCCUUGAACCUACCUGUUCUGGAAGUUUUACCUGGAGGGGGCUGGGAUAAUCUGCGGAAUGUGGACAUGGGACGAGUGAUGAACCUGGCUUACACCAACUGCAGAACCACAGAGGACGGACAGUACAUCAUUCCUAAUGAAAUCUUCACGGUUCCCCAGAAACUGAGCAAUCUGGAGAUGAACUCAGAAAUCCUGGAAUCCUGGGUGAAUUACCAGAGCAGCACCUCCUAUUCCAUCAACAUGGAGCUUGGCCUUUUCUCCAAAGUCAAUGGCAAGUUUUCUCCCGAGUUCCAGAGAAUGAAGACCCUUCAGGUAAAGGACCAAUCUGUCACUACUCGGGUUCAGGUGCGAAACCUGGUCUACACAGUCAAAAUCAACCCAACUUUAGAACUGAGCCAGGGGUUUCUCAAAGACCUCAUGGACAUCUCUAACCAUCUAGAGAACAACCAGACCCGUAUGGCCACCUACCUGGCAGAACUCCUGGUCCUCAACUAUGGCACCCACGUCAUCACCAGUGUGGAUGCUGGGGCUGCCCUUAUCCAGGAGGACCACAUCAGAACAUCCUUCCUACAAGACAGCCAGAGCAGCCACAGUGCAGUGACUACCUCCGCUGGAAUUGCCUUCCAAAAUAUCAUUAACUUCAAAUUUGAGGAGAACUACGUCUCGCAGAAUGCCCUCACCAAAAGCUACAUCUCCAACCGAACGAACUCCAGGGUACAAAGCAUUGGAGGAAUUCCUUUUUACCCAGGGAUCACCCUUCAGACCUGGCAGCAGGGCAUUGCCAACCACCUGGUGGCUCUAGACCGUACUGGCCUGCCUCUGCAUUUCUUCAUCAACCCUGAAAUGCUGCCUGGUUUGCCCGGUCCCUUUGUGAAGAAGUUGUCUAGGACAGUGGAAAUGGCUGUGAGACGGUAUUAUGCUUUCAACACCUACCCUGGAUGCACAAAUUUCAAUUCACCUAACUUCAAUUUUCAGGCCAACACAGAUGAUGGCUCCUGCGAAGGGAAAGUGACCAACUUCACCUUCGGAGGGGUUUAUCAGGAAUGUACCCAGCUCUCAGGGAGUGAGGCAGUCCUCCUCUGCCAAAACCUAGAGCAGAAGAACCCACUCACUGGAGACUUUUCCUGCCCCUCUGGCUACUCGCCAAUCCACCUUCUAUCCCAGAUCCACGAGGAGGGUUACAAUUACCUGGAAUGCCAGUCAAAGUGCACCCUCUUGGUCUUCUGCAAGAAGGUGUGUGAAGAUGUGUUCCGGGUGGCAAAGGCCGAGUUUAGGGCUUUUUGGUGUGUGGCUCAUAGCCAAGUCCCCGAACACUCAGGACUACUUUUUGGGGGCCUCUUCAGCAGUAAGAGCAUAAAUCCUUUGACAAAUGCACAGUCCUGCCCCGCCGGCUAUAUCCCACUGAGACUCUUCGAAAGCCUUAAGGUAUGUGCCUCUCAGGACUAUGAGUUGGGCUACAAGUUUUCCAUCCCCUUUGGUGGGUUCUUCAGUUGUGCAGUUGGAAACCCCUUGGCAGAUUCUGCUGUAAGAGAUUCAGGGGCACCUUCUCUGAAAAAGUGUCCUGGGGGCUUCAGCCAACACCUAGCCCUCAUCAGCGAUGGGUGUCAAGUGUCCUACUGUGUCAAGUCUGGAAUCUUCACAGAAGGGUCCCUGCCUCCUGUCAGGCUCCCACCGUACACCCGACCACCCCUCAUGAGUCAGGCUGCCACCAAUACCGUCAUGGUGACCAAUACUGAGACCUCGAGCUCCUGGAUUAAAGACUACGAGACCCACCAGUGGAGGCUGGGAGAGCCGCUAGAGCUGCGCAAGGCCCUGAAGGUCAUUCAUGAGGAUGAGGGUGGUCUGUCGGGAGGACAAACAGCUGGGGUCAUAUUAGGGGUCAUCACUGCCCUGGUAGCUGCCAUCGCCCUGGCCAUCUAUGGCACGAGGAAGUACAAGAAAAGGCAAUACCAGGCAAUUGAGGAUGAGAAACAGAGUUUGACCCAAGGCCCUGCAGUGACUGAAGACGCCCCUCACCAAGAGCCGGAGCAGAAUCCAGUUUAAAUCUUCCUCGUCUCUCACGGGGGUUGCAAGCAUGCCUCUCGUUCCUCCCCUCUCUACUUCUGCCUUCCCCAUGAUCAAAGUGACAAGGACAGCAAAGAUCAGUUGUGUUUUUCAGUCCAGUGAUCCUCAGUCUGUCCCCUUGCCCCUGUGGGCGAGAAGCCCAGCAGAUACUCGACAAGAAUGCCAAAGGCAGAGAUAGUCCAAGGUCUACAAUGAAUCUCAAAGGACUCAAGGAAUCUCCUGGCUCCCUGGCACAUGGUAAAGGCAUGGGGUGUGACAUUAAAUGCCAUAGGGAUGUCUCUUUCAUUGAAUUCAGAUGUUUCCUUCCCGACGCUGGCAGAAAACUACCCCAUGGUGCUGGGAGCUCAGGAUCAACCUCCUUCUUGGUCUGCUGGUGAGAUAAAUGGCCGCUGGCUAAUAGGAGAACUGGAACUAAAAUGGCAGGAAUAACUUCCCCUUUCAGGGCUCCCUCUGCUGGAGCAGAUUCACAUCCCCAUAGCCAUCUGGAAAGUGAAGAAAGGCUCAGCACCAGCAUGUCCCAAGGAACUGGGUGAUAAUCAUCAGGUGAAUCCGCUGGCCAUACCAAUGCCAAAAUGGCUGCAACCCUAACAGCAAGGAGCUAUGGGGCAGGCUCUCAUGAAAGCUUGGCUUCCGGUUCUAACUUAAGUACCAUUUUUUGAAGGUUCUUUUGUUUCAAUUUUUCUAGCAUCAAAAACCUUCCAAAUAUUAUGAAAUAUAUAUGCAUAUAUAUACAUCAAAUCCCCAAAACAUGAGGUAUAUAAAUUCAAAUUAGUAUCCAGAGGAACUACCCCCAAACACACAGUUCAAUGAACCCACUCUCAAAGGGGAAACUGGGCUUCCCUUCCUGAUCACCCUUCUCUCUUCCCUGACCACCAGUUCAUUACUUAAUGGAAGCCAAAGGCAAGAGGAAUAUUUAGGGGGGGAUGGACCGGUUCUUGUGACACAACCCAGAUGCAGGUUGGACCAGACCAUAAUGUGGUCCCAACCCUGUCAGAAAUGAGCUAGGUGAAUCUGUAAUAGAUGAGGGAGAUGAGGGGGCCGGCACCACCUCUGGGCGCUGAUUCGCCAGUUUACACGGAGACAGAUCGAAGCCCUCAUAGAAACAAAGAUCAAUGCAGAUUGGAUCUGAUCCAAUCUUGAAAGAGCUAAAAAAAAAAAAAAAGAGGUCAGCACACC